GUAAAUAAUGUUUUUAUGGUGCCAGAAGGGGUUAAAUACAGCGUUUGUUUUACAGGUGGUGGUGUAAGAUGCAGGUAUUGGUGUUAGCGAUGGUGGUGGUGGGGGGGGGUGCGUCCUCCCUCACCCCUCCCGGCCCACCUGCCUCACCCUGGAUGGACACGUCCUUGUGCCCGACGACGGACUCCUUGACCCUGUGCCAGAUGAGGAAGGUCGAGUGUGGGGGUCUGAACCAGCUGUUGUCCCCGCCAGGUGGAGUACUUCAUGCCAUCACCACCUGUGCCAACGCUACCAGCCUCACACUCCCUCCACGCUUCUUCAUGUCUAUAGGAAUGGCGUUCGUACAUGGUCAACCUGAGUCGCUGGCUGACCACGUCACCUCUGACCCCACAGACUCUACCGCCCUCCGCCGCUGUGUCCUCAACGCCACCGGAUUACUGGACCCGGAGACACUGACCCUCAACCGCAGCGCCGUGGCCACAAGUGCACGCGGUCUCCUGGCCUCCCCGGAGCUUGGAGACGCCGUGGCCUCCAGCGUACAGACUUGCCCUGAACCUGUGGCGUUCAGCGUGGAGAACUUCUUGUCGUGUGUGAAGGCAGCGUGUAUUACCAACGCCGACAAGUCCCCCUUAGUGAGUCGAGCCAAGGGCGUCCUCUCCUCUUCCCCGACGAAGGAUCCUGCCCCUGCCCAUAAGUCACUCUUCAAGGCGCCCGUCCUCCUGCCCUUCUUGAGCCCUUAAGAUCCUCCCUAUGGCCCAGGCGUCACACCCUCGGCUCCGUCACACCCUCGGCUAAGACAUACUCCAUAAAGCUGCAUUACGUUUUCUGUGGUGAAAUAGAAUCGGGCGCCAAGAUGUCCCAUUUCCUCUGACGUGGGUGACACCGCUAUCAACUUUUCCUCAGGCGACACCAUCCUCUCUUAUGUCUGUCUGUCUGUCUGUAAACACGGACGACAAUUGUGUUUACGUAAAAUAUUGUUUGUGAGUGUUGUUAAAGAUGCCACUAAUUCCUUUAUAUCCAGUUAUUUUGUAAUAAAGUUGUUAUUAUUAUGUUGUUAUUUUUUUUAUUAUUAUUUUUUAUUAUUUUUAUUAUUGUUGU